AUGCCUGCUACAGCAACAAUCACAAGCCCCCAUGGGUUGACGUCCCUUCAAGAGACUUCUGAGGUGUUAUUCCCGAUAUCCAGCCCUUCACCUCACACAGCCUUACCCAAUAAGAUCACUCCCGUCGGUGAAAUCACCGAAGCCCCCAAUCCAAAUGUGGAUUCCUCAAAUUUAAGGAAGCAUCUUGCAGACCUCUUUGACGAGAAUAUUGUGGCCAAAGUCUGGCGGGUCGCAUAUGAGUCUCUCCCUAUCGCUGGAGCGACACUCAAGGAAUGUGCGAUGAAAUUUCCUCACGUAUUUCCCGAAUAUGUGCCCCAGGUUCCUCAGCAUGGCGAGAAGCCAAACCUCUACCUCCUCCGUGAAGCAGACUUCUGGACAUGUGGCUUCUUCCCCGGGACCUUGUACGAGCUGCUUGAACGAACAGUACGCUAUCCCCAGUCCGCUGGAUACUUCCUUGGUUCAUCGCCCCAGAAGAGACGAGACCAGCUCCGCGCCAUGUGUAAAAGAUGGUCGGAGCCGUUGCACGACAUGGCUUGCAGGACGGACACACACGACAUAGGCUUCAUUGUCAUGCCUGCUCUGCGCCAGGACUGGGAGCUCUUUGGCAACUCCCGCAGCCUGGAAUCUAUUAUACGUGCGGCCAACAGCCUGGCAUCGAGAUACGUUGCCUCCGCAAAGGCUAUCCGCAGUUGGGAUCUGUUGAUCAGGAAGGACGUGCAGAUCACGGAUAUAACUACCAAUCUUAUAGUUAUCAUCGAUUCUUUGUGUAAUCUUGACCUACUCUUCUAUGCCGCCGCCCAUAGUUCCUCCAGACGACUCGAGGAGAUGGCCGUCGCCCAUGCCCGCACUUUGAUACGCACCCACCUGCGUCCGGAGCCCCCCUCUCUCACAACCCACGCUCGGAAGAUACAAUGGCCAGCUAUAUUCUACCAACCAUGUCACAUGUAUCGACCCAAAGUCUGGCGCCGUCAAACGUCGUAUGACGGCGCAGGGACGUACUCAUGGACCGGGGAUAGGGAAUUUCUGAAUGUGGCAUGCGGGACGGCAGAGUAUUAUCUUCAUAGGUUGGAGACGCAUCCUGUUGCGCGUGAUCCUGGAAGUGGGAAGUCGCAGUACACUUCCCCACCAUGGGACUUUGAUGCUCCGACGGAGAGUGAGGGCGAGCAGGUCGUGCGGGAUUCCAGCGCGGCAGCCAUCGCUGCGAAUGGGUUGCUCGUGCUGUCGCAGGGGCUGAUUUCGGAGGGAGAGAGGAUGCUUGCAGCGAGGUUUUUUGACGCAGCGGUCGGUUUGGUUAGAGGCACGCUGGACUAUUCACUGGCUAGGGAAACUGCAAAGUUUCAUUUUGUCGCUGGCGAAGAGUUGAAAAAGGAUCUGAUUGUGGAAGACACUGUGCAGGGAAAGCGGUUCGAUGCGAUCCUUAAGCAUGGGACGGCUAACAACAAUGAGAAUGCGAGGAGGCGGUAUACGAACCACGGCCUGGUGUAUGGUGACUACUACUUGGUGAGAUUUGGAAACGAGCUGAUGCGCAUGGGCUUAGUGUGA